AGCAGCUGUAGCAUCUCCUUGAUAUCAUUCUUUAUUGUGAAUGGACAUAUCGUUCUUUAUUGUGAAUGAACAACUUUAAUUGAGAUUGGUGACUGGUGCAGAGGCAGUUGUUGAAGGCCCCUCACCGUUGUCAAUUAUCUGUGGGGAGGAUGCGCAACUGAAUCUUUUUCCUUCCACACUUGAUUUCUAUCCUCAUAGUUGAAUACGCAAUGCUCAUGUGGGAAGGUUCCAAACUUUACCCACCUGUUGCAAUUGCAGAGUUGGAGCAUAAAUUCCUAAUCAGCAUAGAUGACGAGCAUGGCACAUUUGAAAUGCAUGAUCAAAUACGAGACAUGGGAAGAAAUAUUGUCCAACAGCAGACGCCAGUAGCAAGCAGGUUUUGGGAAAAUAACAAAACAUUACAAAUGCUACAACGAAGAAAGGGAACAAAGAAGGUUGAAGCCAUUAUUUUCCACCGUCACGACGGGCAGCAUAAUAUUCCACCUUUGAACACGAUGUCUUUUAGAAACAUGGAUGAGCUGAGAAUACUUGAUACAAGCUGCAUCAGGAUGGAGGGCUCGUAUAAGGAUCUAUCCAAAUCGUUGAAGUUCCUGAGGUGGUGGCAGUGUACAUUGAAAUCAUUGCCGAUCAUCGACUUCGAUGUCAUGAACAUUGUAGUGAUCGACCUGACAGAGAGCAUCAUAGAGGAGUUUCUAGGUCCAAGUGUGACUAACACGUGGUUUUUUUGUCUCCUUCACUCCCAAGAGAAGAACUACUCGCAGACGUUCAGCCAAUUGAAAGUCCUUAUUCUCAAGAAUUGCAAGAACCUCAAGAGCACCCUCGAUUUAGGCUGA